AUGCCUAUGAAUGUUUGUGAUUUGAUGGAUCCUGAUGGAAACUGGGAUAUGAAAAUUAUCAGUAAAUAUAUCCACUUGUCUUUCCAUGAUGCUUUCAAUUCUGUAACCACUAACAUCAAUACGCAUGAUAGAAUUAGAUGGAAAUCUACCACUUCUGACAAUCUUAGUACUAAAUCGGUUUACAAUUUCCUGACUAAGUUGAAUUUUGAUAAGGAUGAAGCCAGAUUUUGGAAACAUUUAUGGAAUUUAAAUAUGCUACCUAAAGUUAAUAUGUUCUACUGGAAAGUUGUCUCCCGUCGUUUGGCUCUUGGGAGUAAUAUGUAUAAAUAUGUGAAAGAUUCUGAUCCUUAUUGUCUGUUGUGUGAUAAUCAGGACUUAGAAGAUGAAAUGCAUCUGUUUGUUCAUUGUAAUUUUUAUCUCAAUAACAUAUACUGUUUCAAUGGAAAUUCCGAUAGCAUGCAUUGGUUUAAAUCUUGGAUGAAUAAUAGGAAUCUAACUAGCAAGCAUAAUCUGAUUUCAUUCAUAAUUUGGUCCAUUUGGAAGUUUAGAAAUAGUGCCCAUUUUGAUAAUAAAGUGCCUAAUAUUCAUAAGCUAAUUGACAGCAUAAGAACAUCCUACCCGAAAUUCAAUUCUAGUAGAGAUAGUAAAGCCAGUCAGAUUCAGGAUAAAGCUAGGAUGCUUACUAGAAAUAAUCAUAUGCACAGAAAGGAAGAUUAUGAUUGGUUUAUUAUGUUUGAUGCCUCCUUUAUUGAAGAUGAUUACACAAUGGGAUAUGCUAUCUCAAUCAUGGAUAAUGCAGGAGUUAGGAAGCAAUGUCGUGCAGGGUGCGGCUGGGCUUCCUGCCCCUUAGAAGCUGAAGCAAAAGCUGGAAUUGAGGCCAUCAGAUGGAUGAAGGAAUUAAAGCUCCAAAAUUGCUGCAUGAUUAAUGACUGCCAAAUUUUAAUGAAGAUUCUGAAAGGAGAAGAAGAUUCUGAAGCCCAACCCUGGAGGUCUCAAAAUAGCAUCUGUCGAUGCAAAUUUCUCUUGUAA